AGUCUAUUUCAUGUUUAUGUUUAUGGUCUACAAGAAAAUCUAACAAUAAUUGAUAAUUUUACAGAUUCUAUAAACAAUGGGUGCUUUAACAAGCCGACAGGCCAACGGAAACGAAGAUAUAGACACUGCUUGUAAUAACGUGUAUAGAUACCCACCGAAAUCAGGCAACUAUUUUGGAAGUCAUUUUAUCAUGGGAGGAGAAAGAUUUGAUAUGAGUCAGCCAGAGGCUUAUCUGUUUGGAGAAAAUCAGGAUCUCAAUUUUCUUGGAUCGAAGCCUGUUGCUUAUCCUUAUCCUUCAUCAUCAGGUAAUGAACCUACCAAAACACUUAAAAGUCUGAUCAACAUCAGAAAGGAUUCACUUCGAUUUGUCAAGGUUGAUGAAGCUGAAGUAGAGGAUGAUCAGAAGACCACAAACAAAUAUAAUGUAGAAUUUGUCUUUGAUUCUGAUGUUAAAUGUGCAAUUACUAUCUAUUACUUUGCAACAGAGGAGUUUAACAAUGGACAACUUGUAAUUAACUCUAAACAUCCUAUAAAGUCAGACACAUACCAUUAUAAGAAAGGAGCCAAUCAGUUGUUCUCACAGUCAGGGCAUGUGAUAGAACCUACCAAUUAUACUGAAGAAGAGUGGCAGUAUGAUCCAACUAAGGACAUCAUCCCAGUGGUUAUACAUUGUGUAGUAGAAGAUGAAGAACAUCCAAACCAUGCCCAUCUUACAUUUGGUAUGGUAGAGAAAAGUUCAGCAGACAGUGGAUACAUACUGAAGCCAUUGAAACAAAAACAGUUUGUUGAUGGGUUAUCAUAUCUGCUGCAAGAAAUAUAUGGGAUUGAAAACAAGCAGGUUGAUAGGUCAAAGCUUGAUCCAGAUGAUGAAGUUGAUGAUAGUGGGGCAGAAUGUGUUAUAUGUAUGUCUGACAUGAGAGACACAUUAAUUCUACCAUGUCGUCACUUGUGUCUAUGUAGUGCUUGUGCAGAGUCACUGAGAUACCAAGCCAGUAAUUGUCCUAUCUGUAGAUCUCCAUUCAGAGCUUUAUUACAGAUCAGAGCAAUGAGAAGGAAACAGGCUAUUCCUGUCCAGGGAGAAAAUAAUGAAGAGAACCCAGUCAGCCAGGAUGGUGUACCUACUGGAUAUUUUGCAGUGUCAUUGAUAGAAGCAUUGAAUGGUCCCUGUAAUCAAAAUCUGAUGGGAGAUGAUUAUUAUCCAUCUGUUAGAAUGAUUCCAUCAAAUGAAAAAGAUUCACAUCACAGAGAUAAGAAAAGGAAAAGACAAACAUUACAAAUAGAUUCUGUGAAGGAUUCUGUGGUGACAGCCAAUAUGAAACUCGACGAUAAAAAGUUACUUGGAAAUGAAGAACUGAAAGGAGGAAAGGAGACAGUAGAAGUGGUUAAAACUAAGGAUAAACUUAAACCACAUGUACCAAAGAUAUUCUCAGAAGACCCAGACAGUACAGAUGAAUCCAAGGUUGUAAAUGUCUCCAAUGAUUACAGUUCUGAUACACUUGAGAGCAAGGGCACACCAGAUGUUACAAAAUUAAGAGUAUAUGAUCUGAACGAGUCUGAGGCAGAUAGUGAUUACGACAUGAAAACACACCCUAUAACAGGAACCAGAUGUUCCACAGAAGAUUUAGCAGAUGAUGAGAGAGAAGAUACAUCUGAAGCUGAGCAAGAACCAGAACCUGAUUACGAUGAUGAACCAAUAGGUAAAAAAACAGAAACAGAUGCAGACAGUGAUGGCUAUAUUCCAACAGACUGUUACCCUGUUGGUUCUUCACCAGAAGAGAAACCAGUCAACAGAAUAACUUAUGUUAAAGGUCUCAGCAAAAGCGAGGGAGCAGUCAAUAAAGACACUCAUGGUUAUGAGCCAAUGAAAGUUAGCAGUGAACUAUCCUUACCUGGUACGGGGUCCAGCACAGAGGGAUCAAGUUUCAGUAGUAACCACAGCUCUGGUGCCCUGUUACCAGCAGGAACAGUAUCUGAUGAUGACAAAUCUUAAGAUAGAAUUAGGAAAUAUUAAGUAAUUUCUGUGAUCUGUGGCCAAGUUGAAUCUAAGCUUGGACAACAAAAAAAUAAAAUGUUAUUAUUAAAAUGAUUAAAUGGUAUAUGUUAUAUGUACAUUCAUGUAUGAACUUUAAUUAGUUAAUUUCAACUCCUUGAAAGUGGCUGAACAUUAUCAAACAAAAAUUGCACAGAUUCUUCUUCUGUAUGAAAUUGGGUACUUGCUAAUUUGAUUUGUUACUUGCGUGAUGGCUGGUACCAUUACCAAAACAUAGAAUUUGCCAAUUUCUAAUAUUAUUUUUUGACAACAGAUGAUAUCAAAUCUUCCUUGGAAGACUGGAACAUUGUGUUAUGAAGCAAUUAAGUCUUUUAUAGCUUUCUUAGUAAUAUCAAAAUAUAAUUAGUGGAUUAAGAUCAACACUGGCAUCAAUCAUACUUAGUGUGUGGAAGAUGCCCCCCCCCUGUUACUAAUAAUUUUAAUGUUGCACAUUUUUUACCUAUGAAUGAUAUGAUCUGCUUAGAGCCUUUACUUUGCUGACAUUGCAGUAUCUAAAAACAGAAAACUUAAUUAUACAUGUCUUAUAUUAAUUAUAUUAAUUAUAUCAGCUCCUUAUUUUAUACUGUAAAUAUCUUUAAAAAAUUAACAUUUGUAUUGAUGAAAAUUGGUAUGUAGAUUUGGUGCUUUAAUCAUUGACUGUAAAUGAUUAGGUUGGACAUGCCUGUAAGAUAUUGACUUCAGGGAUUGAAUUAUGUGAUUGAUGUGCUGCUAUUUGAUACUGAGUUGUAAAAGGACCCAUUUCUUAACUUUAUGGUGGAUUUGUCAAUAAAUCAAUAAGUCACUUAUCCACAAAAGACCAAAGGACAAGGAUGUGCAAACAAAUACAGGUCACUUUAAGACCUUCAAUAAUGAACAAAACCCAAACUGUAUAGUAUUCUGUAAAAGGUCCCAGGAUGAUAACAUAUGAAACAGUUCAAAAGUGAAAACCAACAAUCUGAUUCAUUACAAUAAAAUGAAAAACAAAUAUUAUGGAUAACCUGACUUAAGAUUGCAAAUAAAGAAUUUGGCUGGGUUAAAUAUGUAUGUGAAUACUCAACUCUACCUAACCUGGGACAGUUGUAAAACAGUGUAACAAUACAACACACCUUUUUGAAAAAGUGCUAGACUCAUAAAAAAACUAUGAUAAAUGCACAGAAACUGUAAAAAAAUCUGGAAGAUCAGAUCUACAAAUGAGUCAAACACAACAAAAAUGGUUAAUUGGCUUCUUAUGUGAUUGUUUGAUCCAUUUUGCCCUUUAGGCUGUCAUCGUGAAAACUAGAGUAGUUCGAGAGAAUACAGUACACAUAAAACAUAGUAAGGGUCAAUGUACUUAAUUGACUUAAACAAUUUGUUUUUAAAUGUUCUCCAAUUGGAUCUGCAUUAUAUCUGGUCACAAUCUAACUUGAAGAAAGAUGGCUGCCAUUGUUUGCUAAUAGUUUUAAUGUUGUACAUGUAUGUUGUUGCCAGGUAUGGCAUUCAGGCUCAUUGGACCCAAUAGUUUUUUCUUUCAGUUUAAAAAUAUCAUUUAUAACAUGUAAUUAUUUUUUUAAAUUUUAUUGCAACGAUUAUUAAGUCAUGGUGCUGUUGUUUAUUUGUAUAUAUGAUAUUUAUCUGUACUUUAAUUCAUCUUGAUUAAUAACCCACCCCCCAAAAAAAAUUGUAUAUUGAUAUGUAUAGUUUUUGCAUUAUUGAUUUAUGCAUGUAGAAUGUGAUUCUUUAUUACUACUGAUUAUUUUAAUAAUGAUUGAAAAGAUAUAUACACAUGUAAUUGUGUUCUAAAAAAUAUAAUAUACCACUUUUUAAAUUUUUAAAGAUUUUGUCUUGCCUGUGAGGAAUAUGGCAGAAUACAAGCAUAUGGAUUCAAAUCCAGCUGUGGUAAUGCCAAGGGCGUGAACCAUUUACCGGUAUACAAAGCUUUAUAUUAAGGAGGUAAAAGAACUGAGUAACUCAUAACUAGUAUACAUAUGCCCUCAUUUUCUGUUUUGCAUUUGUCCAUUGUCAUUGACCUCAUUUUCAUGGUUCAGCAACAUGACAAGUUGUGAAACAACAGCCUGAUUUAUGUCAAAAUAAUAAACUAACAAUGGAUAUAACAGACAGCAACCAAUGACCACAACUGAAUUACAGGCUCCUUACUUGAGAAGGCAUGUACAGAAUAUGGCAAGGUUAAAUACCUAUGCUCUCAACCCUCCUGUAACCCAGGACAAUAUUAAGUUUAUAUAUUGCAGGAAUUUUUCAGUGAUUAUGAGAAAUUUGACAAUAUUAUAUUUGGUAUAUACAAUGUAGAAUCAUUGCAUUGUAUACAUUUUCAAAAGACAGCUAUUACCUGACCUUGACACCAUUUCAUGGUUGUUAUCACUUUGAGUUUUUGUCGAGCCUUUAACUUUAGUCGAAAAAGCGAGACAUAGCGAUCCUACAUUCCGUCGGCGUCGUCGUCGUCGUUGUUGUCGGCGGCGUCCACAAAUAUUCACUCUGUGGUUAAAGUUUUUGAAAUUUUAAUAACUUUCUUAAACUAUCCUAGAUUUCUACCAAACUUGGACAGAAGCUUGUUUAUGAUCAUAAGAUAGUAUCCAGAAGUAAAUUUUUUAAAAAUAAAAUUCCUGUUUUUCCGUAUUUUACUUGUAAAUGGACUAAGUUUUUCUGCCAGGAAACAUUACAUUCACUCUGUGGUUAAAGUUUUUAAAAUUUUAAUAACUUUCUUAAAUUAUCCUGGAUUUGUACCAAACUUGGACAGAAGCUUGUUUAUGAUCAUAAGAUAGUAUCCAGAAGUAAAGUUGUUCAAAAAAAAAUUUCAUUUUUUUCGUAUUUUACUUAUAAAUGGACUUAGUUUUUCUGUUAGGAAACAAUAUUUUCACUCUGGUUAAAGUUUUUAAAAUUUUAAUAACUUUCUUAAACUAUCCUGGAUUUGUACCAAAUUUGGACAGAAGCUUGUUUAUGAUCAAAAGCUAGUAUCUAGAAGGAAAUUUUGUAAAAAUUUGUACCUGUUUAUCCGUAUUUUACUUAUAAAUGGACUUAGUUUUUCUUCCAGUUAACAUUAAAUACAGUCUGCAGUGAAAGUUUUUAAAACAUUUAUUAGAUUCAUAAAUUAUCCUGGAUUUAUACCAAACUUUGACAGAAGCUUCUUACAAUCAAAAGAUAGUAUCUAAAGGAAUAUUUUUAUUGAUUUUUUUUCCUCAUUUUUGUUGAGCCUGCGAUUAACAGCAAAAGUAGGCGAGACACUGGGUUCCGCGGAACCCUUACGAAUUUUUUUUUAUAAGGUCCAUUUCUGAAACCCCAUGGGUGACUACGAUUUGGAAAUAUUGUCAUCUUGGUCUUCUUCUUUUUGACUGACAGUAAAACUCUUGCGAAAGUGGGGUGUCCCUUUUGCUUUACAGAUGCAUUAAAUUUGAAGCCUCUUCCUGUCAGAAUGGUGACAUUAAAUCUGAUGCCUUGUGUAUGCUCAGCAUGUUAAGAACACUUGCAACAACUUUUUGAGGGGUCUGUCGGUGACAGCAAUCAAUCAAUCCAUUUCUGAGAUACUUUAAGCAAUAGGUCAUAUAUAUUUGGUGUAUUGAAUGAUUUGCUAGGUUUAUAUGUGCAUCUGACCUUGAUCUUAUUUUCUUGGUUCAUUGAUCAACAUCAGCCAAGUGAUUAGGUCAGUUUCUCAGAUACAAUUAGCAAUAAGUAACCUAUAUUAACAUAAACAGUACUAAUUUUAAUUAGAAUGAUUAUAUGGUGUACCUGUAUGUCUGGCAGGGUUAAUCUGACAUUGACCUCAUUUUCAUGGUUCCCUGAAACUGUUAAGUUUAUGGUACCUUGAUUCUAAAGGGUCAAUAAUAAAAUCAAUUACGAUCAUUUAAGCAGGCAAGACAUUUCAGCGUGUGCACUCUUUGUUUCAGUUAGUUGAGCUGCACACAAAAGUUUUAAUUUUAGUUGUAAAUGAUAUGUUGAUGAAGUUAAUCAGGAAAUAUUUACUGUUUGAAAUAGUCAGUAGUUUAUUUUUGUAACCAGAGAUUCAUAUAUUUGGAAAAAAAUUCUUCAUUUAAAAAAAAAUGAUGUGUUUGUGAAAUUUUUAUUUUUUUCAUUUGCAAAAUUAAUUGUACUUAAAGGUUAUUCUAUGAAAAAAUCUAUGGAAGAGUUGAAACUUCCUUUAAAAAUACUUUUACAAAUAUACCUGGCCCCUAUGGUAAGCUUUAGAUAUUACUUGGUCUGGGAACACAGUUAUCUUCCUUUGAUUUUCAGUCCCUAGUGUUGACAGUGUGUUACUUGCAAAUUGAUUUCAUGCACCUUCUAAAAUUGUUCUUCAUAUAUGCAUAAAUUAAGGAAACAGUGUUUACUGAUUUUCAAAUCUUGUAAAUAGAUUAGGAACAGACAAACCAAGGUAACAAACAAUAACUAAAUAAGUAAGUAGGGGGAUGAAGUUACUGGUAAAGAAAUUGGGUCAUGAAUUUAAAAGUAAAGUAGUGAUAUAUGGUCCAGUUGAAAAAAGGUAAACAUUGGAAAAAUGAGUUUUUUCUGUAUCUGUCAAGCUGAGAUAAAGACCCCCUUAACAUAAAAUUGUCCAUAUCUUGAUUUAAGGCUAACAGACUCUCAAAUCGUACUUUCUUGUUUAUUUGACCUAUUGAUACUAAUUGUAUUGCUUUUUUGUUAUUAAAUGUUAUUCAGGGUUAUAUCUUGUCUAUAUACCAGCUUUUAUAAGUGUUUAGUAUAACUAUAAAUUUUCACUUCGUACUAUGAACAUCAAAAUUAUUUAUUUUGUAAUAAUAUUUCCUUUCUCUAUUGGUACUGUACACGUAUACCUGACAACAAAAUUAUUUUCAUUUACCUGUGUUUAAAGUUAUUGCAAAUGGAUGGUAUUUUUGUUCGAGCAUAUUGUUUUUCUUUAAUUGUUUAACAUUUCUUACCGAUAUAACAUGUUACUUUUUCUUCCCUUAGUUUAUUUAUUUUGUAUUUACAUUGUGUCAUAGGUCAAAUUUAUUUGUUCAGUGUAUGUUCAAUGGUGUUAAUAUGUCCUUUGAUUGAGUUAAGCUAUUUCAGUUGAUAUUUUAUAGUGUGUCUUUCUAUGUUGUGAUGUUACACUAUUGUUUCUUGAAAAAUUGCAAUAAUAAAUGCACGUAAUAAUUUCUGAAUUUACAGUACACAUAUAUUUUUUCUAAAAAAUACAAAAUAACUGUGUUCUCUGGCCACUUGGCAUCCAUCAUACAUACAAUUUUCCAAUUUUCAUCUUUUCUGAAACCACUUUCCCAAAGCUUUUAUGCCUAAUGUAUUGAAGGUCUUCUACAAACAAUCCUUGUUUGGUUCCAAACGGAUAAUAAAUGUAACCAAAAGAAGCAAUGUUAUAAAACUCUUUUCCUUUGAACUUGUAGGUUAUAAAAGAUGCAAAAAUAGAUUAUAUGUCCAAAAUUGUAAGUUGAAUUAUUUGGUAGUGUAAAAUUGAUAUCGCUUAAAACAAUAAAAUUAUGUCAGUAUUUUGUAAAAAUUAAACAUUUGUAAAUAAGUCCAGAAAUCAUUCAGUUAUGGUAAUUUAUUGUUAUAUGCUGUGAAAUAAUUGUUGUCAAUAAAAGCACAAAAAAUCUUAA